AUGCCGAUCCCCAAGCUCCCCGACGACGUCGCGCGCGAGAUUUUCGCGCACGUGCCCACGGUCACCGACCGGCUCGCGCUCGCGUCGACGUGCACGGCGUUUAACCGCGCUUCGAAGCACGCGCGCUCGCUACCGCGCGACGGCGGCCUCGAUUUCGCCGGGUGCGCGCGAGGAGGGCGCAAGCCUUGGACGCAUGGAUACAAAAACGAGCGUAGUGAAGGCGUCGAGAAGCUGGAGUACCUCAUGCUUCACGAGGGCGUCUUAGACCUCCCCGAAGAGCAGUUCAAAAAACUUGUCGUGAGCACUGGGUGCGUCGAGAACGGUCGCAUACGAAUACUGAAUGAUGAUGAUGGUGCUGCGGGCGUGGUUGGCCCAAUCUGCGUGUACGCGAUUGGUCAGAGCUACUCAUGUGAAUAUGCGUACGAUAAGAUGCUCCCUUGGCUCCGGAAGGCAGCCGCGCUCGGUAGCACGGGGGCUUCUUACUGCCUCGCGAAAGCGUAUAUGAACGGGAAAGGCGUCGAGAAAAACAUCGAGAAAGCGGUCGAGUUCUAUCGCGAGGCGGCGAAGGACGGCGACAGGAUUCACCAGUUCGAGCUCGCAGAGACUCUACUGACGUGGGCUGCCGUGUGGAUGGAAAAGGCCGCGGAGCAGGGGCACGGGACGGCUCUCGCUGAAACUGCCUUCAACUACAGAUGGGGCAACGGCGUCGAGCAAGAUGAUGUCAAGGAGAUAGAGUGGCAGCUGAAACUCGACGCGCUCCCAAGCCCCAUUCCGUCUUCGGACGAGUCGCAGUCUUCGGACGAGUCGCAGUCUUCGGACGAGUCGCAGUCUGAAGACGAAGAGCAGUCUGAAGACGAAGAGCAGACGAAUACGGAGACGGACGACGAAUAUUGA